AUGAAGAGGCGGCGUCUUGCACCUUGUGGUGUUCUCGCCGGCCUUAUUGCACUUAUUGCUGUCCUUGUUUUCCUUCCUUUGGCAGUGAUGAACAUUGGUGGACACACUAGUGUGGAUCACACGGAGCUACCACCCACAACCGUUGGGUUACCAAACCCUAAGGUGGUGCCUCCAUUACGGGAGAAUAUAUCCAUGGCGGAGUUUCUUCGUUUUAUUCCAUCCACUGUGGUGAAUACAUGGAAGGAGAGGGACUAUCUCAUUGUGUUUGGCAUCCCAUCUGUGGAUAUUCAUGAUUGGCGGAGACGCCGUUAUCUGCAGCGGACUACGUGCUGGCAGUUCCCCGGUGUUGCACGGAGGGCGAAUAACUUCACUGGGUCCAUGUUGGUGUUGUAUGUACUUGCACGGCACCCAUCACAGGGAUAUGAAUAUUCUACUGCCUUGAUGAAAGAGGCUGAAGAGUGGCAUGAUAUUCUCGCAGUCUCUAUAAUGGAGGGUGUACCGUAUAUGAAUGAAAGCGUCAGUAGAGAUGGUAAGUGGGGUCCAAAACCUGAUAUUGGUUUAACACGGAAAACUGUUGUUUGGUUGGAGUUGGCCCUUCGUCUCUUUCCUAAUACGAGUUAUAUUGCCAAAGGUGAUGAUGACAUGUUCCUGCGAGUACCACAGUUUCUUGCGGAUCUUCGUGUGUUGCCUAAGAAUGGUGUUUAUUGGGGUGCCAUGUAUGAACCAAAACGAUGGGUUGGUAAGACAGCAAUAAAGUUUCGUUUUGCUUUGGGUUGGUGUUAUACAAUGUCAAGGGAUGUUGUUCAGCAGAUUAUCUCCUAUCGACCGUUAAUGCGUUUGGUGUAUCUACCUUAUAGUGAGGAACGUGAUGCUGAAUUUCUUUCUCGUGGUUAUAGAGGUGAAGACUCUAUGAUUGGUUUAGUCCUUUUUACUUUGGGUUACUACCCAAAAAUAUUAUUUGUGCGGGAAGGAAAGUGUUCUUUUCAUGAUUUACACGGUGGAGUACGGCCUUUUUCUGUGAAUCCAAGUUCUGUUGUCAUUCAUCAUGUAGAAGAGAAAGAGUAUAUGAUGUUAAUGAAACGGUUUUUGAAUAAUACACAUGCUGUUGCUAGACGUCAGAGAAAUUAUGGAAAAGGUAGUAUUAAGAUUUCUUGUAGGUAG